CCAGACGGCGCACCGCAGGCAGACAGACAUCUUCAAAUGAAUGAACAAAAUAUUGUCACCGCACUGAGCGAAACAAUAAUCAUGAAACAAACGCACGCUUCACUGAGCUCGUGUUCGAAGCACGAGUUAAUGAAUCCGCUCCCCCGAUAUAUCCUCUUUCUGAAUACAAACCAACCGUCUGGCUCUCGCUCGCUAGUCUGAUUGCGCUGUGGAUUCGCAAUUCCGAGACAAUUUGAAAACAAAUAAUUCAGAUCCCAGCCAGACUUUGCCAAAGGCAAGACACACGGCAGCUCACAGCACUGCGGGCAAGGUUCGGUCCGACCGGAACAGGAGAGAGGAGGAUUGAGAGAAAGCGAUAGGCGCGUUCACACAGGGAUAACAGCUGGACUGGAUAUGCAAAUAAGCUGCCAGGAAUGAGGGCACGGAGCACCCACGAGUCUUCUCAAGUAUUUGAUCGAUAGGGGAUAUUAGGGUCAGCUAGCCAGAGCGGGCGCAGUUAUAAACAACUCAAUGAAGGCGCGCUCACUCGGAGCAAGUUGAGAAACUGUGCAUCACAGACUGUCAAAACCCAACGCGACGUUUAACAUAGUCAGCUAUCAAAUAGGCUACAAGUCUACUUUUGCAACAACAUGUCAGUGUUUUGUCAGAAGGACAGCAGGGUUUGAAUGUCUCGGACUGGGAGGAAAUAAAUUGGCAGCCCUAAGGUUUUCGAAAUGCCAGAGAAUGUUUCGUUCUCCAGGAACCGCACAGAACUGGAAGCGCGGCCGGGGGCGCGUCCCGCAUGGGCUAUCACUGUGCUGGCCAGCGUGCUGAUCUUCACCACGGUGGUGGAUGUCCUGGGCAACUUGCUGGUUAUCAUUUCAGUGCUUAGGAACCGGAAACUUAGGAAUGCGGGGAACGUGUUUGUGGUGAGCCUGGCCUUUGCUGACCUCGUGGUGGCCUUCUACCCCUACCCAUUGGUGCUCUACGCCAUCUUCCAUGACGGCUGGUCGCUGGGAGAGACACAGUGCAAAGUCAGUGGUUUCCUGAUGGGCCUGAGCGUCAUUGGCUCCAUCUUCAACAUCACCGGCAUCGCCAUCAACCGCUACUGUUACAUCUGCCACAGCUUUGCCUACGACAGGCUGUACAGCUACCGCAAUACCCUCUUACUGGUGGGGCUCAUCUGGCUUCUCACCAUCCUGGCCAUCAUACCAAACUUCUUCGUAGGGUCGCUCCAGUACGACCCCAGGGUGUAUUCAUGUACCUUUGCCCAGGCCGUCAGUACAUCGUACACCAUCACCGUGGUGGUGAUUCAUUUCUUUGUGCCCAUAGCUGUGGUUACCUUCUGCUACCUGAGGAUCUGGAUCCUGGUCAUCCAGGUGAGGAGGAAGGUGAAGUCAGAGGUGAAGCCCCGACUCAAACCCAGCGACAUGCGCAACUUCAUCACCAUGUUCGUGGUGUUUGUGCUCUUUGCCAUCUGCUGGGCGCCACUCAACUUCAUCGGUCUGGCCGUGGCCAUCGACCCAGAGACGGUGGCGCCACGGAUCCCCGAGUGGCUGUUCGUGGUCAGCUACUUCAUGGCGUACUUCAACAGUUGCCUUAACGCCAUCAUCUACGGCCUGCUCAACCAGAACUUCCGUAAGGAAUACAAACGGAUUAUCAUGUCCAUGUGGAUGCCUGGUCUGUUCUUCCAGGAGGCGUCACAGGGGGGUACAGAGGGUAUGAGGAGCAAGCCCUCGCCCAGACUGGGACUCAACAACAAUGAUCACGUCAAGGCAGAGGCUUUGUGACGCUGACUCCAAGGUUCUUCUCUCCUCCACUCCUCUCCCCCACUCCUCCCCUAUGGUGUUGUUGGACUUGUUUCUUUUUUCUUCUCUCUCUCUCUUUUCAGUCAUGGAGUUCCAUUUCUCUC